AUGGCCUCCGACCAACAAGAGACACCACUCUCGGAGGAUGUGACGCCCCAAGAGGAGGCUUCUCCUACCGACAAAAUAGUUGAAAUCACAGACGCUGACAAGCCGGCUCUUGCCAAUCAAGACGAAGACGCAAAGACCAAAGAAAAUGUUAACAUGACUAUGACUGCUGCCGAGAGGCAGCGCGAAGAGGAAUUAGCCAAAAAGAAGGCCCAGGAAGCUUUAGAAUGGCAAGAAAAGUUUAAGCAAAUGAUUAAUAGGCUUGCUAUGCAAGAAGCCCUAAAUUCGCCUGGGAGUCUGACCAGUAAAAAUAAAGAGAGCAAAACGCACAAGUUUUGGGAUACCCAGCCUGUGCCGCGUCUUG